AGCACAUCGCUAUCGCACAAAUCGCGGAGCGAUGGGCAUUCUUGAAAACUUAUAUUUUGAUAUACAGAUCAGCUAUUUAGGUGGUGUGAUAAUAAGGGGUACUUUUCCCAUCCCCUUGAUGAAAACCGAAAUAUCAACGCUUCUAAGGAUUAGAAUUAUGUAUUUUUAAUGGUCGAGAUAACAUUUUGAAAACAAAUAAAUUUCCACAAAGUUAACAAAUCGAUAAAGAUAUAUAAUAUGCCCAGGCCCAACCACAUUCCUGUGUGUGUUUUGACCGUAUCCCAAUGUCAGUGGCCAGCGUCUAGACUCAAGUAGUGUACUCUAGCUUGUUAUGAUGGGCCUGUUGGACAGGAGACUCCUCUUCUCCUGCCUUGUUGUCGGCAUCUUCGCUAUAACUUUUCUACAAGAGGCAGAAGCCAAUGGUGGAGAUUGGUACAAUAAUUAUAAUCACAAAAACAGGUAUAAACACUACUAUCACACUAGAGGCUACAAUAACGGCUACUACAACAAUGGGUCGUCUGGAAAAAUACCAUGGUCCUGGUCGACAUUCCUACAAAUGCUCGCGUUCGUGUUUGGGGUACUCAUUUUGUCUUUUAUGUUUUACUGCUACUGCUGCUACUCUCCCCCCGUCCCUGAAGAAGAACAGCAGGCAGCCAGGGUGGCCAAUUUCCUAAAACAUCAAGAGGAGCAGAGAAACGGCAACUUACCCACCAUCGUCCACCCGCCCGUCACCAACCGCCCGGACAACGAGCCGCUUCCAGCCCCGGAAAUGAAAAUGCCUCCGCAGCACCCUGAAUGGGGGACGUCGGAUGUGCCCUCCUUCGCGCCGCCGGACUUUGCGACCGCCACCGCACCACUCCUGCCACCGGGAGUUCAGCCAGUGGAUUCCUCGACUAACCAGCCGCCCAGAGCUCCAACCCCGUCCUCCACCGCACACACGAUGCCACCACAUAUCGGCUUCAUUAUUCCGCCCCAAGAUCCAGCGAAUGCGAGUGUACACUUUGGAGGACGCGUAGGAGCAGAGUGACGUUAAACGUUAAGUCUCUUGAAAAAAAUAUUGUGCAUAGCGCUUCUCAUCAUAGCAUAUUUAUUGUAUAUAAAGUAUAUUACGCUUUUAAGGUUUUAUUGGCAGCCAUGCGUGUUGAGAUAUUAACGGAAACUUUAAUGCACUGAAUGUUUUUGUAUUUUACGCGUUUUAACAGGCAGUUUCUGGUGCUUUUACCCCUCUAUUUUCCAGUAUACUUUUAUAUACUGAUAUUUUAUUGUGUACUUGGAGAUUGAGAACUUCAACUCAAUUGAUAUUGCCUUGGAAAAAAUGUGUUCAAAUGAAAUGAAAAAGUAGGAAAAAAUGUAUAUUUACAUUUACAAGGAGUUUAGGCACUUAUUGUGAUGUAAAGAAUAAUGUAUAUAUAAUACAUAUAAUUUUCUGAUUGAGCAAAAUUGUGAAUUACAUAUUUAAUUAAUAUAUUUCUUACAAAAUAUUUACGCAGGCUAGAAGCUGCUGAAAUAACUACUCAAUUGCCUUCAUACUAAUACUAAUGCGAUUCUGACCUGUCGAGUUUUGGUAGUAUGAUUGCGAUCUUUAAUUAGUCUUAAAAAAAUGUGCUAUUGCGCUUUGACAAAAUAGGCUGAAUAAAAAUGGAUGAAAUCCGCGCCCCUCUCUAGAUUAGAGGUCUCAGCCGUCUGGCGGGAGCGGCUUAGCCGAAUUUUUUGCCCGGCGGCAGGCGCAGCUGACAAUAUUAUCAACUUGAAGUUUGAUAGUGCUUAACAGCCCGAUGUUCCCGAUUUCAUUUUUUUCUCCUGCACUUUUUCAUUUUUGACCCUUUUUCACCGGCGGCUGGCGCAGCUUAGCCAGAUUCACGGAGGCUGUUCACAUUACCCAAAACUGGCCGACUGGCGCGGCGCAGCACGACUGGCUUAGACCUCUUCUCUAGAUCUUAGAAAUGCAAAGAACAAAAUCAAGUCUUAAAGACGAUAUUUUAUGCAUUUAUUAUAUACAAGAAUAAUAAAAAACGUGUUUCCGCCCUAAACGGUAAUGGUGAAUCAGCAGGUCCAGAAAAAGAUAAAUAAUUGUUUUAUUUUGUCAAGUGUUUUAUUAGAUCAUAACUCAUUUUCAAAUAUUAAAUAAGUCAGCAGUAAACAACAAUAAACAUCAAAUUAUUAUCCUAUAGUUUCAUCACAAACAAAAAAUAUUGAAUUAUUAUAGGAGUGCCACCGACAGAGAAAAUAUUUACUGUAUCAAUCGCUAAAGUGUUGGCCAAUAUUCUUUUAUAGAUUAGUAGAAGCAAAAAACAGUCGUUAUGUCUCUUGGUGCUUCAGUGCAUAUUAUAAAAUUGGGAUAGACUUCCUUUGCUAGAGCAUUAACCGUCAAGUAUGACAAAUAAUUAAGAACUUCAUUGAAACUUAGGAGAUAUACAUGCAUUUUUCGAACUUGUAGAGUUAUUGCAAUAUUUCUUUAAGAAUUGAAAGAAAUUUUCGGAUUUUUUGGUUUAAAAUACGAGGAAAAAGUGCUGAAAAUAUUAAAAAUUCAUUAUUAUA